GACACGAACACGGGUGUCGUCUGAACUAAUGUGUUAUUUAUACAUAUAUACGCCGUAAAAUAUACUCCCACAAGGAAAUUAGUUAACAUAGAGUGUCAUGGGAUAAACGACCCAUGGGAGAGCACAGUGUUUUUUUUUUUUUUGGUGUUAAGGAGAUAAAUAAAUAAAAAGAGAAGUUUUGGAGAGUAGCAGCCGGCGGGAUGAUGGCAGGAGGCUGGCCAGGCCUACCACAGGCCUACCGUAAUGUUGUGUCCCUGGGCUGUGGGAGGCACUAUGGGGGCCAGGUAGCGAGGAACAGGCUACUUCUAGCCCCCAGGACACAUGCCAGACCUUCACACUACAAAACCAUCCAUGGCACUAGAUCAAAAAAAACCUCAGGGGCCAUAAGCUGGAAUUUACUUGGGAUACUUGUUGGCCAGGGUCGGCAGUCUCAAAUUCUUGAGAGAUUAAAAGAAGUUACACUUUAUCUUCUUCGCACAAUUGUUCGGCAAUGUGAGGUCCACACAGCACAAAAAUUCAGGCGUGGUUUACAGCUUUACUCUGUAUAUUCACGUAUGUGGGGAGAAGAGGUUGCUCGAACCAUGUUUGCAAACUUUAGACGUGUGCUUAUUUCUCGAGGCCGGCACAUGCUUCUGUCAGCAGUUUGCUUUACAAACUUUAACUGGGAUAAGGAGAAAAUACCACGUGAAAAAUUGGAAAGGGCUAAGAAUGAUCUUAAUAGUGUGGGAGAUCUCUGCAGAGCUACUGUUGACUGUGAAAACUGUGGGAAGAGACAAGUGAUUGACCAACAGAUGGCUAAUGUAGAUUACUGCAUCUGCAGUGGGAGAGUGGGAUACACAAAUACGUCUCGCAAAUAUGAAUCUUGGGAACCAUUUAUUGAACGUGAGCAUCAUAUUGUGUGGCGUCAGAGACAUCAUAUUCACAAGCACUUGUAUGCAUAUAAAGUAUAUGGUACCUAUGAUGAUGUGAGUCUCAGUGCCUUCAUGGAGGUUCAGCUCAACACUAGCUUCAGAUCUGAAUGGGACGACACUGCCCUGCAGUUACGUGUUUUAGAUUCAGAUGGAGACUCUAAUUCUGAUCUUAUCUACUGGCUUGUUAAAUUUCCUCACUUCUUUGCCAAUCGGGAUUAUAUAUUUAAACGUCGUUUUUCUGUGAAUCGAGAGCGAAAUGAGGUUGUGGUAAUGAGUGAAGCAAUAAGUCCUGACUACAUACCAGAAGAGAAGGGUAUUCAUCGUGUCAAUGAAUACUGGUCAACAAUGGUCAUUAGAGCCCAUGAAGACAUUCACAAGCCCGGCAUUGAAUACACUCUCACCUACUUUGACAAUCCUGGAACCAGUUUACCACAGAGUGUGACAAAUUUUAUAGCCGCUACUGGGUUUCCUAACUUCUUAAGAAAGAUUCAUGAAGCUGCUUUGAGUCUUCAGGCAGUCCAUGAAAAGGGAAUGGAUGUGUAUAUCAGCCUUCCAAAGGAACUGAGGUAUCCUACAAGGAAAAUUGAAGAGCUUACUCUCGGAAGAUCAGUAGAACCUGUUUCUCCUGUAAGUAAAGAGCUGGAAGUUGCAGAUUCUGCCACAGAAGAUUCCCAGUUUAGAACUAAUGAUAAUUUACUAGAAGGUGAACUGCUACAUAUUCAAAAGAACACUAUUGUAGAAAAUGAUGUCAAGGAAGAUCAAGUCUCGCAUGUGAUGUCUCUGUUUGAGGUCGGUAAUGCUAACGAAUUUUCAUUUGACUCACCCAGUAACAAAUACAGUGAAAAAAAUUUGUCAGAGGCUCAGGAAGUGUCCUGUAGUGAAGACUCAGAUAUACCUGUGGAUAAAUCAAGUGAAGUAUUGCCAAUCAUGUCUAUUAGAGAAGGAAAGGAAAAUCAUGGUGUUGAAGGUGAUGGACCUCCAAUUAGAAACAUUGCAAGUUCCAAAAUUGAGAAUGAUAGUGGAGACCUCUCCCAAGAUGAUUUGUCUUCAUCUGAUAGACUUCUUCAUGUGCAACUGGGCAGCAGAAAUGUUGAAGUUGAUUUAUUAGAGGGAAUGGAAGUUGUUGCUCCUGAUUUAGAAAAAAAGACACUCUUACUGAAAAAGAUUGAAAAAAUAAAGGCAAAUGCACAAGGUGCAAAACAUGGCUCAGGUAUUAAAAAGUUAAUAUGUAAAGUAAAAUCCUUUCAGGAACAUGCACUUCAGAAAAGAGAACAGUCUAUCAGAAAGAUGGAAGAAUUAUCACGUAAGAGCCAUUAUGAUCAUUCUGGUAUAGAUGAAAAAACCCUAAUGCAACUUAAGUUGCUUUUCCAAGCAAUGAGAGAUGUACUUCAGGCUGACAAGGAUAUCCGUACUGGAAAAAGUCUGAGGAAUGUUCAUGAGAACUACCACAAAAAAGAUCAUCCAGAUACAAAUGCAGAGAAUUUAACAUCUGAGACAUAUUCAGACUCUUCAGCAUCAGAGCAGGCAGACAAGUCAAGACAUGCUGAAGAUGAUAGAAAAGAUUCAGUUUCACCACUUAGUGAGCAAAACUUGCAGCUAAAUACAAACAAGACAAAUAAAACUCUGAAUGGAAAUGCUAAAGAUUCUCAGCCUCCUGAUGGCCCUCCACCAUGUGACUCAGGAGGCCUGCCUUUUUCAGUAACUAUGACAGCCUCUUCAGAAAAGACAAACAUAACUAAUAGCUCAGAAGUUGAAGCCUACAGUAAUACACAACUUGAUCAUAGUGUCAGUGAAAAGGAAAAAGGGGUCAUGAACUGGUAUUCUUCAUGGUUAUAUGUUCCUAGUAUUUCAGGUUGGUGGGGAUCUGAUAAUGUACAAAGUUCAAUUAAAUAUGAAAACUCAAUCGAUCCUGAUAGACACAGCACAAAAGAGUUGUGCAAUGAUGAAUCUAGCUCAGAGUCAUUUAUUGCACAAGUUUGGUAUGUAGUUGGUCUUGGUUGGAUCUUCCACUCUGAAACAAAAUUAAAUGUAGAUCAAGUUAACCAGGAAAGUAAGCUGCAAGUGAAAGCAGAUGAAAGCCCUGUCAGUAAAAAUGACUGUGAUAAGGACACUGAUAGAAACUCAAAGUGGUAUUGGUAUCCCAUAACCGGCUUAUCUCGUGUUUAUACAUGGGCUUUCGGUACUUCCAAGGAAAAUGCUUAGAUUCAUUUCAGAUGCAUUAUGCAAAGAAAUUGUAUAAUAUUACCCAGCAUUCUGCAGGUUGUGAAAUAAUAUAAAUUCAGAAAAAUUGCUUCCUGAGUUUUUACUAUUGUUUAGACAAAAUACACUCAAUAUGAAUCAAGUUUGGUGACUUCAGUAUUCUUGUGGCAAAGAACAUGUGAAGGUUUACAAGAUUUUCAUAUAUGUAUUUAUAAUUUCUAGGUUUGAGGGAUCUUGUUAAAGGUGUUGGCCAUAUUCAUAUAGUAUUUGUGAGUAGUUAUUAAUAAAAUACUCAGUUUCAGUUAUGAGACGAUCAAGUGCACCUUAUUCAAUACAAUACUGCAUAUAUAAAAUAAAAGCAACAUUUAGGAGUAUUUCAGGUACAUUAACAUUAAAUAAUUAAUUCAUCCAUUAAACAAUAUUGUAUUAUUAAAUAUAUUAGUAAUAGUGAAGUCCUUUGCUGAUACAACAUUUCAUCUGAGUGGGUUUUUUCAGUACCUUUUGCCCACUCGUGGGUGAAAUGUAGGACUUCGCUGCAGCUAGUGUUUUUCCAGAAAAUAAUUUUCCUUUGUUUAAAAAAAAAAAAAAAUCCCAUACAUUCUGUAAGAAUUUGUUGACUCCUGUCUAUUGCUCUGAGGUUUUGUUUAAUCUGGAAACCA